AACGUCUUAUCGGUGAUGCUGCAAAAAAUCAAGUUAAUAUGAAUCCUUAUGAUACUGUAUUUAAUGUUAAACAACUCAUUGGACGUAAUUUUAGAGACGAACGUUUAAAGUCAAGCAAUAAAAGUGCCGUUGAAAUCGCUGCAACCGCGGCGGCUAUUGCUAUGGUUUGA